GUUUAGUUUCAGGAGACCACGUUUAGUUGACGCGAUAACCUAAUCGAUUUCUACAAAUUGAAUUUGCACCGUGUCCCUUGAGUAUCGAUAUAGGCAUCGAAAAUCUAAGUUUAUCGAUGUAAAAUCGACUGUGAAUUAUAGAUGUAGUCGUGUAAAUGUACGAGUGAAGUGAAUUUUGUGAUCUUUUUAUUUUUUUUAAGUCAAAAGUGUGUAUACCUAAACACAAUGUAUGUAAAAUAUAUCUUAUUGAUAUUUUGGACAAAUUUGAAUGUCGGCCAACUAGAAAGAUGCGACCAGACACCACCAAACGCAAAAGUGGGACCGAGUGAAAACAACAACUUGUUUUCGCUAACAAUUGAAACGGAAAAACAUGAAUUAGAAUAUUUACCGGACCAGACGUAUGUAGUGACAUUAAAAUCCCUGAACAGUACCCGGCCAUUCCGCUGGUUUGUCAUCACUGCUGAAGACCCUAAUGUGGACACCACCCCCUACGAAAUCGCCCCUAAAACCACAGAUGUCGGCAGCCUUAAGAUCCUGGACACAGGAAUAGGGAGCAAGUCCAGAUAUAGUGAAAAAUGCUCCGUCUCCGUUGAAAAUACUGAUAACUCUAAUAAAUACAAAAUAGAGAUCCACUGGAUAUCACCCCAACCGAGCGAUGCGAAUCAGGAGGUACGUCUACGUGCCACGGUGGCCGAGAACGAUGAGGUGUGGUACUCCGGAGAGGGAGACGGGAACCUCACAGUCCUCAUCAAGAAGGACAGCAUGCGUGCCGAGGAUAGUCCCCCUGAGGAUCCGAACCCCACGUGCAAUCUAUGUAGUGAAGCCAGAUAUGAGGUUAUCUUCGAAGGUAAAUGGUCCCGUCUGACCCAUCCAUACCACUACCCGAGCAAGCCGGAUGAGAACGGCUACAGCCACAUGGUGGGCGCCUCUCAUGACUUCGACUACAUCCUCUGGAAGACUGGACACCAGGCGAGCCCUGGUAUGCAGAAACUGGCGGAGGACGGAGACAUUUCUCUUUUGGAGAGGUCUAUUAUUGAAGCAAUGAACGAAAAGUACGGUACCAGAACCUUGAUCAGGGGUAAGAGGCGCCACCAUCCCUACAUGUCGGAGCCGUCGCACGCCAUUUUCCGAGUAGACCGUUUCCACCACCUCUUCUCCCUGGCUGUGGCCAUGAGGCCGUCUCCUGAUUGGUUCCUGGGGACCUCCCAGUUUGAGCUGUGCACUCUGCACGGGUGGCUGGAGAAGGGACAGAUACCGCUGUACCCUUGGGACGUUGGCACUAUGGACGGCGUCUCUUAUGAGUCAAAGAAAUCCAAAUCCCAAAUUCAGGAAGUCAUUAAAAGAGUUGAAGUGGGCUCCUUCAAUAAAGACUCCCCCUUCUAUCAGACCAAUCUGAAGGAACUUCGGCCAUUUGCCAUCCUCAAGGUUCGGAGACUUGAUAUUUACCCACUGGUGGGGGAGGAUUGUAGUGAUGUGCAAGAGGGACAGGAUGAGAACGAACAAGAAAGAGAAGACGGAGAUGACGAUGAAGAGGAAGAAGAAUCUCAAGAUGAGCCUCAAUUGGGAGAAUCCACUCAGAACCACUGCCGUAUGAGUCAAUGGAGCGAGUGGUCCGCAUGUCAGUCUGCUGACGGAGUCUGUGGCAGGGGGCAGCAGACCAGGACACGGAGACGCAUGGACGACUAUGUGUCGAGGAAUCAAGAAGACUGGAGCUACGUCUCGCCAGUGGAUUGCGAGGCGGAUAGAACAGUUGAGAACCAGUAUUGUUUUGUUAAUUGUUUCUUAUUAAAUUAAAUCAUUAUCUUCAACCUAAUCUAUAAAUCAUUUAUCUUCAACUUUUUAUUCUGCUUGAGGCUUAAAAACUGCAAUGAGGA